AUGUCGCCUGUGGCAGCACUUUGUGUGGACCUGAGGCCUCCUGUGGAUGGCCAACGAGAUGUCUACAACAGGUUCAGCUACAAACUCCACAUCAGAAGCAACAGCAACAGGGAUGGAGCAACAUACUUUGUGGACAAGGUGCCUCUGAAGGGUAAGACUCUGAAGGACCUGGCCCCCAGCAGAGAGUACUGUGUCGCCGUAAGGAUCUUAGGCGGCCCAGAGAGACGCAGCAGGAACUCUUCCUACAGCCAAUCACACUGUACCUCCACUACUUCUAAGUACACCGCAGACACAGAGGUCUCAGUGGUUUUGUGUCUUCUUGUGAUGCUGUCUGGGCUCUGUACAGCCCUACUGGUUCACACUGGAUUCAUCUGUCUGAAACGACCUCUUCCUGAAAUACUAGAUAAAUACAACACCAGGAGAACCUGGUCCUACGAUGAGGAACGGUUUCCCUCAGUGCAUUUAGUUCCACCAUCGUCACCUUCGGGAAGCAGUGGAAAGGAUGGAGAGAGUAAGGAUGACAGUGAGGCAGUGAUCGAGACGGAGGGGAAGAUAAAUAGUGGAGGAGGAGGAGGGUACGAGACACGAGGGGCCGCUGCCGAUCUGUCCUCUCUCAACCCCCUCUCCUCUUCCUCAUCCUCUAAAACAGAGGUGCUCCUACACCCAUCCAAAACCUCUCCGUCCUAUCCCACUGUCCCGUCCACAGAGCUUAAGACCACCUCUGAGACAGUGUCCAACCACCCUCAAUGUCCUCUCUUCAUAACCGAAUACCAACAACGUGAAUCUCUGCUCAGACCUGACUGCCUUUCAAUGUCCAUAUCAAACAACUGUCAACUAUCUGUGUCCUCACAAACCAGUCAACUUCCAGAGCCAGCCAAGUGUCGUUCAUUGGGACAGGACUUGAGCUUCAGUCUUUUCUCAGAGAGAGAGACACAUGGACCGUAG